AUGACAUUUGCAGAAACAUCUUCAGAACUUGAAACAACAUUGCUUUCAACAUCUUCUUCGGAUGUUAAAACACUACAAACAUCAGAACCCUCUACAGCAACUGAAACUACAGCAUCUCCUCCGGAAGUUGAAACAAUGAAAACUGCAGAAACUUCUUCAAAGCCUGAAACUACGCUGCAUUUAACAUCUACUUCAGAAGUUAAAAUAGCACAAAAAGCAGAAACCGAAACUAUGCUGGAUUCAACAUCUCCUGAAGAACAUGAAAUAACUUCAACUUCCCAUACUUCUUCAGAGAUUGAAACUACUCUGCAUUCAACAUUUACUGAAACUAAUACUACACCAAACACAGAAUCAUUUGCAGAAACUAAAACUGUACUUUAUUCAACAUCUAUUAAAGAAAAUGAAAUAAUUUCAACUGCAGACACUUUUUUAAAGACUGAAACUACGCUGCAUUCAUCAUCUGUUUCUAAAGAAGAAACUGCGUCACAAACAGAAACAACACCUACCGUAGAAACCUCCUUUGAAUCUAAAGCUACUCUAGAUUCUACAUCUUCUUCAGAAGAUGAAAUAACCGCCAAAACAGAAAAUACUUCCGAGCAUGAAACUGCGCUGAGUUCAGCAUUUAGUUCAGAAGAUGAAAUAACAAAGAAAAACGAAUUUUCUCCAAAAGCUCAAACUGCACUGAACGAAGAAUCUUCUCCAGAAGAUGAAACAACAUCAACUAAAGAAUGUUCUUUUGCGUCUGAAACUAUAUUGGAUUCAACAUCUAAUUUAGAAAAUGAAAUAGCACCAAAAAUAGAAACCUCUGCAGAAAUUGAAAAUACACUGAGCUUCCCCAGAAGAUGGAACAACUUCAACAGCAGGAUCUUCAGAGCUUGA